CAAUAUGUGUGCGUGUGAUUUUAGUUCAGUUUUAAGUCAUUCCUGCUGUUGAGAUGGAAUCCAACAAUAUUGUGGUAAAAACUGAAACUGAUAAUAACUGUGUGGCUGGAACUGACAGUUUCAAUAAACUAGAAAUCACAAGUGCGAAGACUGGAUUCGCAGACGAAGAUGAAUGCCAUAUACAAUCAGGGGAAUCAAUAGCGAUCAAGCAGGAAGUACACGAAUUUGAAGACGAUGCAACUGAAUUCAAAUCUGAAGAAGUCUUGUUCGAAACCAAGAUCGAACACGAAGAGCCAGUGGUUAACUUUCCAAAGAAAAGUUCACAAAACCAAAAAGGCAGCGAACCAAAGAAGAGCUCUGUUGCAAACUUAGGUAACGAACGCUACAAGUGUGUAAAAUGUACCCUAAUGUUUAGCAGCCAUACAGAUCUGUUACAUCAUUCGAAUAGUCACGGUCCUAAUAACAAUCUUCGGCUCUACCGUUGCGGUUACGGAAACUGCUUUCAAGUUUCAAAGACGGCCAACCUCCUGUUGAGGCACAUUGAUCUCAAACAUGGGAAUUGCCGUCAGCCCUUUGCUUGUGGCAUAUGCGGUCAAAAAUUCGAUACCGUGGCAGAUUUUGAACGGCACCGAGAUGCUAUGCAUCAAAAUCCAUUGUUGUGUAUCGAAUGCGAUAGAUUAUUUGGCAGUGAAAGCGAAAUAGUCAAACAUUACAAAACGGAACAUGGUGACAAUGCAAAACCCAAGAAAUCAACUAAGCCGAAACUCCCUGCCCUGACGCUAUUCGAGCGAAAGAACCUUGAGAAGAAAGCCGCCCAGACCUACGUUUGCAAAAUUUGUCUGAUCGAAUUCAAAGAUCCUGUAGACGCCAAAUAUCACGUUAAUCAUCAUCACCCGGAUGUAAGACACCGCAGCUGUGAAAAGUGCGGUCGAACUUUUGUCCGCAGAACAGAUAUGCUACGACAUUCCAGAAUAAGUAAUUCAUGUGGAAACCCGGCCUUGAAAUGGAGGAAUUUUGUUUGUAAUUUUUGCAACAAAAGCUUCCCCAGUAUACACGAUCUGAAUCAACAUGUGACCCUGCACGCAGAUCAGGAUCCCGACUUCAAACAGUACACCUGUGAGCUGUGCGGGAAAUCCUUCACGGUAGCGGCUGACUACGAGAUUCACGUGAAACGCCACAAGGGCCUCAGGCCAUUCAAGUGUUCCGAUUGUGGCAAACGCUUUGCCGACUUGGUGACGCGCAACCGGCACGAGAGCACCGGCGUGUGCCCGAACCAGAUGGUGAUCUGCUGCGUGGAGUGCGAUGAGGAGUUUAGCGGAGUGCUGAAGUUGGCUGCACACGUGUGCCCGGGGAAGAAGGCUGGUUGAUGGGAGAAAGAACCGUAGAUGGAACUCAAUCUGGUUUAUUAGAGUUUACAUCGAGUUAGGAAAUACUUGGAAAAAAGAGCAUCAUUAAAUUUAAAUACAACCUAUCAAAAAAUCGAAAAA